CUCUCCGCAUCGCCGUUGCUGUUCGUGUUUGUCUCGGUCUCGAGGUUUGCUGUGUAGGUCCUGGUCACUACUUGAGAUUGUUGUUCCACGGGAAAUAGAUUUGGCUCAAGGGUUUCGCAGCUGUUAAUACUUUAAUCGCUGAGCUGUUCCAUUUCUUUUCUGUUUGAUACCAGCUCGGAGCUUGGAUUCAUUCUCCUCAACUUCACCUCAACCGGCCGAGACCCCUUCCUCUCUCAAACACAACCACACAUCAUGUCCCUUUUCGGUCAAACACCUUUUCAACCUUCGGGUGGCAGUUCUCUCUUCGGUAAUCCCAGCGCGGACUCGAAACCCAGCCCCUUCGGCGCCAAUGCUCAACAAGGACCUGGCGGUGGUAUGUUUGGCAACGCAGGAACUGGCGCUGCUACGACAGGGACCGGUGGUGGCCUCUUUGGACAAAACACAGCAGCCGGCACCCAGCAACAAUCAAAUACAGGCGGCUUGUUCGGCGCCGCGAACACCAACCCGCAGUCAUCGACCACAGGCGGCGGCCUCUUUGGAAACACAAAUGCAAACCCGCAAAAACCUGCGUUCGGCGCAUUGCCUCAACAAACACAGACGCAGCCUGCGUCAGGACUAGGAGGCGGAGGUCUGUUCGGAGGAUUGGGUCAGAAGCCUCAGGGCACCGGUCUCUUUGGCCAGCAGGCGCAACCGCAGCAGCAGCAACAACAGUCAGGCCUGUUCGGUAGCUCCCUGCUAGGUCAACAGCAACAGCAACAGGUACCAGGGACACAGAUGGGGUCGACGUUGCAAUUCGGACAGUCCAAUGCACAACAGCAAUCGCAACUGGGGUCGAGUCUUUGGGAACCUGGACGGGCCGUUACGGGAGUUCACCGCACUGUUCCUAUGCAGAUUCAAAUUGUCAAGGACAAAUGGGACCCCAACAACCGCGCGUCCCCGUUCCGCACCUACCUGUACAACAACGUCGGCGAAGACGCGGCGCCCUUCUACCAGCCGGGACAGGGAGACGACGAGGCGAAGUGGGAGGAUGCGCUCCGCAAACGACCCGAGCCGGGCUAUGUACCGGUUUUGGUGCAGGGAUUCUUCGAUCUCGGCAAGCGCGCGCAGCGCCAGAAAGACUUCCUUACCAUGUUGCAGACCCGGAUGCACGAGAUCAACAACUGCCUGACCGAGCUCCUGUCGCGGCAUGACCUGAAGAUCAGCGUGCGCAUCGCCGAAUGUCGGCGGAAACACCUCGUUCUCAGCAAGCGGUGCCUGACGCUGGCGGCCAAGACCCAGGUGCUGCGCAACCGCGGCUACGCGAUGGAUGAUGCCGAGGAGGAGCUGCGGAAGAAGCUGACACAGCUGGAACGGUCGGUCUUCGACCCGUCGCUGAACGGCCGCGGGGAGGAGAUCUGGGCGCGCAUGCUGGCCAUCCGGGAGCAUUCGCGGCGGUUGCAGCAGGAGAUGGAGCGGGCGGGACCCAAGGCCACAGCUCAGGCGGAGGAUGAGUUGGAUGAGCAGACAUUAAAGACGGCGAAGAAGAUAUUGGACGAUUACCACGUGCAGAUUCAGCACCUACAGAAGGAGCUGGAGUCGGUGAAGAAGGAUUUCGAAGAGUCGCAGAAGCUCCCCGGCGGCGGGGUCCAUUUAAUGUAGUGUUUUAUUAUUCUCAUGCCUUUCUCUUUGAGUUCAAUCUAUUACGAAACGGGGUGUGCUUUCUAGUUGCUGCUUUCUUUGCUGGAUUUGAUUGGGGAGGGAAAGCAAUUGACCGGAGUUUUCGAGGAGCUGGUAUCCGCAACAUUAACCUGCGCGCGUUUGCGCUAGG